ACACAUAAGCAGAUAACAUGAAGCUAUCUUCCAUUGUAAAUAACUCCUUUCUUCUUUCCGGCAAUUCUGCAAGAGCAUCUGAAUAAUCCCUGAAAUUUGGCGAAUUUUAUGCUUAGUACGUUGCGGUGGCGACGGUGACGUGGCUCUUUGUAAGAGAGAGAGAGUGAGGGACUAGCAGAAAUGGAGGCUUUGGUUUGCCGGAAAUUGGGAGAUCCGACGGCGACGGAGACAGGGAGUUCAGAAUCUCCGGUGGAGGUGAGCAAGAACUAUCCGAUCCCGCCUUUGAGCUCAGAUACGGCGGUGAGAGUCAGGGUUAUCGCUACGAGCUUGAAUUACGCCAAUUACCUUCAGAUUCUCGGAAAGUACCAGGAGAAACCUACUUUACCUUUCAUUCCUGGCUCCGAUUACUCCGGGAUCGUCGACGCGAUCGGUCCCGCCGUCACCAAAUUCCGCGUCGGAGAUCGUGUCUGCUCCUUCGCCAAUCUCGGUUCCUUCGCUCAGUUCAUCGUCUCCGAUCAGUCUGGCCUGUUCCUUGUACCAGAAAGAUGCGACAUGGUAGCUGUGGCUGCACUUCCUGUUGCGUUUGGGACUUCUCAUGUAGCACUUGUUCAUAGAGCUCGUCUAACAUCUGGUCAGGUCUUAAUGGUUCUAGGAGCUGCUGGUGGCGUCGGUCUUGCAGCUGUUCAAAUCGGAAAAAUUUGUGGAGCCAUUGUCAUUGCAGUUGCGAGAGGAACUGAGAAGAUUCAGCUGUUGAAGUCAAUGGGAGUGGAUCAUGUUGUUGAUCUAGGCAGUGAAAAUGUUAUUUCAAGCGUCAAAGAGUUCAUCAAGGCAAGAAAGCUAAGAGGAGUUGAUGUUCUAUAUGAUCCUGUAGGAGGGAAACUCACCAAGGAGUCCAUGAAAGUUCUGAAUUGGGGAGCUCAGAUUCUGGUGAUCGGUUUCGCCAGCGGUGAAAUCCCCGUGAUUCCCGCUAAUAUAGCCCUUGUAAAGAACUGGACGGUGCACGGUCUUUACUGGGGGAGCUACAGAAUCCACCAACCCAGUGUUCUUGAAGAUUCCAUCAGAGAGUUACUCUCAUGGCUUGCCAGAGGACUGAUCACCAUUCACAUCUCUCAUACCUAUAGCCUCUCCCAGGCCAAUCUAGCAUUUGGGGCCAUCAAGGAUAGGAAGGCAAUCGGAAAAGUGAUGAUUGCUCUCAAGACUGGUUCGUCUUCGAAACUAUAGUCUCUGUAGCCACAGGGGAAAAAAAAAUCUGUUUCUAAAAAAAUUAUGUUUGAUUCUGCUCCUAGAAAUAAGGUUAUACUUGGCCUAUCCCUUUGUCUUAAUGUAAUUUACCACAUUCUGUAUUAAAUUUUAAUAAUCUGUAACUUGAAUCAAAAGGUAUGGCAGUUUAGAUUCACUAGAAAUGAGUUAAGAGA